AUGAGAAGACUCUUGAUACCUAGUUUGGCUUAUAGCUAUAAAUAUCCAUUGGGCAAUCAGCUACCCAUUGGCAGGUUAUGUUCCUUGACAGCAACACUUCAAGUCACUUCAAAGCAACUACUAUCAACAAGAAGCAAUGUGGUAAAAGAUAACUCUGAUGAUAAGAAUAAGAUUCAGAAGAAUAAGAGUGGUAUAAGAUUAGAUUCUAUAUAUGUGAUAUCACUACCGAUCACGUCAAACAAAUCAUACAUACAUUGUAAUCAUAGACCGUCAAUUCUUCCAAAAUCGCAGCUCAAAGCGUUUCCAUUGGUGACCAAGCUUGAAAACAAAAUCUCGGGGCUUGUCUUGAAAGGAUGGAAUAAAAUGAAUAACUCUAAGUUUCGUGUUAAUGUGAAACUUACUGAUUGGGUCAAAAUGCUUUUAAAUACAAUUCAGUACGAAGAAGGUUGUCUAAGAUCAUUUCCUUCGAAAAAUUCAAUGAUUAGAGAGGUCAAUCAUGAAUUCUUGAACGAGAAAAAACUCUCAAGCCCAAGCUUGGUUCAAACACAAAUAUCAAGCUUGAAAAUACCUGAAAGUCAAUUGAAGCCCAUUCCACUUUUCUAUCCAGAGUUUCAAGACCCAAUGACUAUAUUAAAGCAACUUCGUUAUCUCAGAGACACAUCAUACUCAAAGCAUUUCAAGCAAGCUAUAAUUUGUGCCGUUGGGUUGCCACUUACAUUACCACUUGCGCUCAUACCUAUACUUCCUAAUGUGCCUGGUUUUUAUGUUGCUUACAGAUUAUACUGCAACAUCAAAGCCAUCUACGGUUCAAAGCAUUUAGGGUACUUAUUGGAUGACACAGAUCAUAGACCGAAGGAAAAUUCUAGUUCAGAAAAGAAGCCCGCGAGUGAUACGGAUCACAUAACAUUUACAGCUUCACCUAUCCUAGAUAAAAUCUAUCGAACAUACGGUCCCGCAGAGAUUGUCACAUCGAAUGACAAAAAAGAGCGAAUUGUCAUUAACACAGAUAUAAUUGAUGCGUUGGGGACCGAAUUACCCUUGGCCCAUUUGAAAGCAGAUCUUUUAAAAGCCUUGCGGCAGGAAACUGCAAGGUUGGAGAAAUUAGAUAAGGCUAUUGAAACCAUCGAAAAUUAA